CCUCCAGCUCAGCUUGCUUCCAUCCUUAUCACUCACAACUCAUCAUGAGAACCCGGAGAUCUAAUCGCACGAAGCGAUACACGGUAGAGAAGUACGACUUCGAAGGUAGUUCCGACGAAGAAGCUCUCGAUCGCGCUUCCAAACACGCAGAACGGGAUGAAAACUUUGAUGAGACUGCCGCUGCAGAAGAAAGUGCCGAAGAGCUCGCCCUUGGCCAAGAGCACGACGAAAAUGAAGAUGCAGAAUCCGACGGUCCUGUGAGCGAACCAGAUGGUAUUCUGGACAGAUUUGCGCGUCAACGUGUCAAGCCUAUUAGGCCCUUCAACGUUCGCGCAGCGGGCUUCACGGGAUACCUCGAUCUUGAGCCUGUGGCGGAUGGACGCAUUGUGAGAUCGUAUUGGGGGCCCUACGACCGCGGUUUUAAAAGCAAGCAGCUCGUUGAGGCGUGGUACGGACGUCAUGAGGAUGGUGUCAAGCUGGUCACGGGUAUGUUGGAUCGUUGGAUGGACUGGACAGUGCUUCCUCCGAAAAUUCUGGACGAUGAGGAACAGAAAGACCGAGGUGUUUGGUCGCCUAAGUUCUUCGAAAGGGAAGCUUACAGCGCUGAGCAUUGGUAUGAGCGCGUCAGGGAGAGUUUGCCAGAAGCAAAUGCGAUGGUACCACUGUCGACCGAGGAAGUUCCACGGUACCAGUUUAAGAGAGAGCCAAUGCCAGUAUUAUUAGGGCCGCCCACAUCGCAACAAGAGGUCAAAUUCGAACCUGGUGACGCAUACUCUAUAUCUCAGAAUGGCCUCCCAAUGCAAAAUGACGACGCGCCCUUUGGGUGGAUUUUAGAUGCCGGCGGUAUUGUCACCGGCAUGGACUGGGCACCUCUGAACAACGCCAACUCGCCGCAACUUCUUGCCCUAUGCGUCAUUCCACAUUCCGAUCAGGAGCUCUACGACUACGAGCAGGAAUAUUUGAAUCCAGAAUUUCAAAAGUACGGUACUGUGCAGCUUUGGGAGUUCGUCGGCGAGCGGCAAGAGAAUGGCUUUGCUCGACCUUCAAUGCAACCUCCAAUACUGCGCAAGACGAUAUGUCUCGAAUUUGGGCGGGCUCGAAGAGUGAAAUGGAGUCCUGCAUGCGGCUUCUUGGCCAUUCUUUGCGAUGACGGAAACGUGUACGUGGUGGAGGCUGGUGAUGGUGGAGGGGGAAGUUAUGAAAAGGUUAUGCAGCCAAUAGCUGUGUUCGGCUUCCCAGACGAAGACGUCAAAGCGACAGCUCUUACAUGGAUCAACUUCAACCGGCUGGUGCUGGGUUAUACGGACGGUUCUAUUGCUAUUUGGUCCCUACGUCCUCAUCGCCUCCUAUCGCGACAUCCUGUCCACCACAAUAUCGUAGUCGACCUCGUCUCUGGCUAUCCAGCAAUGCCAUAUCUCGUUGCCUCAACCCCUGUCGGCGGAACUGUCAAGCUGCUUGACCUUCGUGCGCCAAGCUACGAGUCAACCGAAGUCCAGAACCUUACAGUUGGAACACAACCAAAUCUGCUUGGAUACAGCGACCACCUGCUUGGCUUCUACUCCAUGUACCCAUCCGCCGGUGUACUGAAUACCCACAUCGGCUUCAUGCACCAUUCGCAAUUCCCUGUUGCGCGUCGCGUCUUUACAGGGGAAAGUUUCCCUUCCUGUCUCGCAGUCGGACGAACACAUCCAUACCUCCUCGUCGGUUCUCUAGACGGCUCGCUGUGGGCUAUCAAUCCCCAGGUUGAACUCUUCACCACAAGGCGUGAACCCACGGACCGUAUCCGAGUCUUCCAUCACGAACAUCGCCCCGCAAAGCUUUUUCCAGUUGAGUCACCCGCGGCGGCACGAGGAGUCUCAAGAAUAGCGACAGGCUUCAUAUUGGAGCGCAGCCUAACUAAACAUUCAGCCCAUAAACCGCCGGUCAAGAAAGGGAAGAAGCCAAAGAAGAAGGAUACCGACACAGCUGUCGGCGACGAUGAAGAAGAAGGGGGUGCUAUCAUGGAUCCGACCCGAGCCAUCAUUUACGAGCCAUUGACGAGGAUCACCGUGGCCGAAUGGAAUCCUAACGAAGAGUAUGGAUGUUGGGCUGCAGUGGCGAUGGGCUCAGGUCUGGUGAGGAUCACAGAUCUUGGUUUGACAAUAACAGAAGAGCAAGCCAAUUAGUCCAUGAGACACUGAGAGCCCAUAAUGGUGUGGUGGUAGUCGAAAGCCUUGGCCAUACCGUAAAAGUGUGUAACGGCUGCAAGGAUGACGAAAAUGUGGAAGAUCUGAUGCGAGCUCCCCCAAAUAUCGAAGGCGCCAGGUGCACUUCUCUCGGGCCAACGAGCCUAUUAAGUCAGAUUUAGAUACUUUGCGAGAAGAGUCAGGGAGGACAUACCGCAUAGAGUACAGCGCCAAAGAUGUACAUGACCCCGUGGAGGAGAACCCAGCUGAGACUCAUGCGAUCUUCAAGACCCUGGUAACCAUAGAUGAAUAGGCCAUGGAUGACAGGAACAACGCCAGAGAGACCAAGGCCGAUGAACAUCAUUGCACGAUACGGACGCCAUGCUGGGGUCCGGAAGCGCUCAACCCAUGAAACGAUUGUGCAUCCAAGACCAAGUAUACAUAUCUACUUUGUCAGCCAGUUUCUCUACCAUCAGUAAACAACGUUACAGACUUACAACCCAUAAAUAGAAAACCAUCAAAUUAGGCAAACAGAAAAAGCCGUAAUACAGAGCAGGAACAUAGCUGCCAACGAUCAAAGCCACGAUGCCUGUGUAAUCCAACUUGUUCCCCCACUUUGAAACAGUAUCGCUGUGAUUCGACAAAGUGUGGUACGUAGCACUCAUCCCCAGACAUACAACAGCGCCUCCAAAGAAGCAUGCAAAGACGAGUACAUCAGCACUGCUUGCGCUUUCGUACCGUGGCCGGACAACUCGAUCAACGUAGGCUGCACUAGCGAGAAAGACUAUGGCACCGAGGAGGUGAGACCAGAUAUUAACGGACUCAUUGUGGAGGUAAAAGAGGGAGCGGAAUGAAUGGGCAUAAGAGCCAUGAGAUUGGCGGUAGCCCGAGAGGAUGAAGGCAUUGUCGCGACGCCAGGCUGGGAGAUCAUCCCACAGAAUGAGUAGAGAUUGCUCAACCUUUGAUUCGAAGUUCUUAGCGGCAUUGAUAAGGUUGUCUGUGACUGAAGGCCGGCGAUUGCGAACGCCGUAGGGCUGAGUAUCGGCCAUGAUGAAAUGAGGCUAUCCAGACUCGGAACAAAUGCAACUAGAAUCAGGAACUUUGCAUAGAAUCGUUAACCGACAAGAGCUUUUGUCCUUGCGCCUUAGUUCUCGACUUAUAUAUGAACCAAGUUCCACUUCUCCGGUCGUUUAUUGUUGUGUUGUUGGACCAGGGUAGUUUUGUUGGGACAAGCACAUGAAAAGACGCGCGACGUGCUCCGAGGCUAAAGACAAAUCGAUGAUGU